AUGUACCCAACCCCGAAGAAACGUACGCCGAGAAGGAGAUUGAAUAAGAUUUCGAGUUCGCAUUUCUUUAUAACUCAUAAUUCUGCUGGUCAGCACAAUCGCAGUCGUCUAGUACAGAACAUACGACUCCGGGACACGUCUUCAAACAACAGAGCGAGUGGCAGCGCAUUGACAAAGGAUUGGGAUUUCAGCAUCGAGGAGAAAGAGGCCGAGUUUCACGAUGAUCUCAGGGAAGCCUCUGGUAUUGGCCGGAAAUGCAAAUGGAAAGGCCGAACGACGGGGCCAGUCCUCUCUCAACAAGUUCGCUCCCUUAUUGGGGAUGGGAAUCUAGACAGCAACAUAUCUGAAGCAAUCCGGAUGAUGCAAGAGGUCAUACGCACUGGACCGCGUGCGGCGAGUGGUUGGUCUAUCCUUGCGCAGUGCUAUGAAGAUAUGGAACAAGGGCAGAAGGCGCUACAGCUUAGGAUCAUGGCAGCUCACCUUCGACACGAUGCGGAUGAGUGGGAUCGAUUGGCGAGGCAGUCGAGGGAACAUGGGUAUAACCAACAGGAGAUUGGAGACUUUCGAACAGCCCGCAACGCAUUCACAGCAAUCCUUAAACGGUUUCCACACGACCUGACCGUUCUCCACGAACUCCACACCAUCCUUGUCGAGCUCUCCGAACUCCCAACUUGUGCCGACCUCCUCCAAGCCGCGUUCGAACACUACCAACACAUCUACCCCACCCCUUUGGAGAUCAUCUUCACCAAACUUGACCUGCUCCUCCUAGCCGACUUUUACAACGCUCUUGGGGAUCACGAAAAAGCAGCCCAGACGAUCAGGCGCAGAACUCGUUGGUUGCAAAGGAGAGCCGAGCAGCGGUAUUGGGAUUUGUGCGGGGAUGAUAGGGAGUAUGAUAUGGAUAGGUGGCCGGGGACAAGUGUGAUUGAAGAGGGAGGUCAGAUACAGGCUGAGAGGUUUGAGCUGGAUGCCAAUGCACGUCAUCGGUUGGCGGUUGCGAGGAUUAAGAUGGGCGAGAUCGAGGAGGGAAAGCUCCAUGCGAAUGCGGUCUUGGCAGAAGAUACUCUUGAUUACGCAGUCCUCUUUGCUGAGAUUGUAGAUGCAUACUUUGAGAGGGGGAUGUACACGGAGGGGAAGCCUAUCUACGAGCUCCUUGGUGCUGACCCUGCGACAGCUGCAUGUAUGAAGAUGCUCGAAGAACUUCAUGAAGCUGCAGAAGUCUAUGAACACAUUCGACAGGCUGAUCCUAUGCACAACGACGCCAAAAUGAAGCUUGCCGAGAUUUAUGAGAUCCUAGGUGAAACUCAAUGGGCUUUAGAGCUACUAUAUGAAGUCAUCGACUCCCGCAAAAAGCGCGCAAAGGCACCGGCGACCCAGUUUGAAGACGACCCCACCACAGCCUCUCUCUUCGCCGAAGAACGUAUUGCCAGGUCUAAAGCUAACGCUAUCCGUGUCCAGCAUCAACUAACGCACCUGCAGCUGAGGGAGCUGGAGGCGGCCAAGGAGAAAGAGGUGAUGCAGGGGUAUCAGAGGAUAAGGGAGCUGUGGGCAGGUAUGAUGGGUGGGGAUGAGGAGUGUGAGAGGGAGUGGAUGGUGGAGGCGGAGAAGCUUGUAGAUAUGUUUAGGGAGAUGAGGAAUUUGUUUUUGACCAGUCGGGGUAACCCGUUCAAGGGGAUGUUUCCAAGGAGUCAUAGAAAGAAACAGAAGGUCGAGACGGAAGCUGAUGAAGAUCGGAUGGCGUUGAGGUUGCAGCUUGACUUGGAACAUGAUAGCAUGUCGAGGAAGGCGACCAAAGGAGAGGUGCAGAUCGGCAAAGUGGAUGUAUUUAGAGGGAUUUCAUUCGAUGACUGGUUGAAGUUGUUCAUGCAGUAUUGCUUUCUCCUCACCCGACAAGGUCAAUACGACAUCGCAGAUGAAAUCCUUCGACAUAUCCUGGUCUCAAAUGCAUAUCAAGCUCGUGAGCGACAGGACUCUAUUCGACUAGCAAUUAUCACUUGUGGUUUGGCUGCGGGCCAACACACCGCUGUUGUUGUACAAGCACGCAAACUCAUAACCGUACACCAAUUCAACAACGAGCCACUUCGAAUCCUCAUGGCUUGCCUAUCAAGUGGCCUCCACCCCACAGAUUCUUUCAUCACUUCCACACUUCAAAAGCAUCUGUUUAGGGAAAUGAACUUGGCAGAUACGGCUGUGAAGAGCCCAGAAGUGCUCAAGUGGAAUCCAUUGAACAAGCGGUAUGCACCCACUGCACAGAGCAGGAAAGCGGAGGAUGGGGCUGAUGAGGAUGGGGAUGAUGGAGUGCCGGACCAGGGUGGUGAUCAGGAGAGUGGGGCGACAGCUAUGGCAGGGAGCCACAAUGUCCCUGAGAUUCCGAUGAAGUAUAACCCAGUUAUUGUGGCUAUCUAUGGCCAGAUUUGUAUCGCUGCGAAGAGCUAUCAGAGUGCUAUUUUCUAUCUGUUGCAUGUAUACAAUUAUUGCCCUGACGAUCCGAUGAUAUGCUUGUGCUUGGCCAUAGCUUCCAUUGGUAGGGCAAUGCAACGUCAGUCAGAUAACUGA